AUCUACCUUGGUCAAGCGGGGGAGCUGCCCAUGCACGGCAUUUCUGCUUGGCUGGUGCAAACACCUCGUUGGCUGUACUCGCCGUGACUUGCAACACCAAAAACUCUCAAGCUCUCAGGCUCUCCUAAGUAAUGGUUCGAAGAAUGCAUGAAAAGUAUCACUUUUUAGAAAUCAAUGAUGGAUCACCUAAAUCCAAUUCCUAUUGGCCCUCGACCAUGGGAUCUGCUUCGCCUCGUUUCAGCCUCGUCAUCCCCAUCAGUCCCAUGUAUCUUCUUCAUCAGUAUCAGCACUCAUGUCGUCCCUGCGUUCAAAACAAUAAUUCAAGAUGAAUCCAACGACUUCGGACGAGGUGCCUGAAAAGUCUAGUGCCCAUGAUGAGCAAAUUGAACCAGAAGAUCAGGACGCUCAACGCUGUUGUAGGCUUCAUUCGGAAGACGCUGCCUACAUAGCGCAACGUGAGUCAAUCGAUUGUUGCAAACAUGGAAAAGGAGAGACAGAUGAUAUUUCUUCUCUAUCGAGGAAUAUGAAUGGAAUGCUAUUAGAGUCGGAAACCGUCGAGCCUCUAGUAUAUCCACAUACUUCAAAUGCUCUGGAUAGCUUCCGUCUUUUGGCUCUACACCCAGAAAUGGGGAGUCCGAAUUCAACUGUGCGAUGUGAAUUUAUCGUCAGGUCUACGAACGAGGAUUACUGCUACCUUGCUAUUCGUGGUAGCAGGGGCCACCCAUCUCUCGUCGUGGACAUCGUUGUUAAUGGUCAAAAGUUGGAGGUCACAAAGAACAUACAAGUAUUCCUCAGUACUAUCCGUUCAAAAACCCACACUCGACUACUCUGGAUUCGGGAGAUCUGCUUGAAUGCCGCGAACAAAGAAGAACGUAACAUGGCGUUUACGGAACAGCAAGAGAAUUAUAUUUUUGCACAUAGCUGUCGCGCUCUGGAUAUGAACGACUUCAUGGACGAUGCAGUAUACGAAGAAGCGGACCGUCUGUCCUCACAGAGUGCAAAACUAUGGCGGGAGAUUCCGACUGAUGAGCUUCAAGACGAUUUCCACCAUCCCCAACAUUUCCCAAUAUCGGUUGAGGGUACGUCUGAGCGUGGUGAUCUACCAUUGCCCUAUCGAUAUGUUCCCUUGGAUGUUGUUGCAGGAGAGAUUCGCCUGGUCCUUUUGCCUCCAGCUAAGCAAUACUCUGAUCCGAUCAAGGCAUAUCUUGCGCAUGAGCGACUGAAUGGUCCUGUUCGAUUUCUAUGCUUGUCAUAUACGUGGGGGAGCUCACAAAGAGACAAUGAGAUGUUGCUAAAUAACCAGGUCAUGAAGAUAACUCAUAAUCUGGACAAGGCAUUGAGGGAUCUGCGCAGUUACGACAACAUUGGCAUCGUCGUUUGGAUCGAUGCCAUCUGCAUAAAUCAAGAAAACACCCAGGAGAAGAGUCGGCAAAUUCCUCGAAUGUGCAGCAUCUAUGCGAAAGCAUUCACAGUGUGGAUGUGGCUCGGCGAGUGGUCCGAAGACGCGGAAACUGCGAUUAGCUUCAUAGGAGCUAUCUGCGCGGCGCCCGAUUGGCAAAAAAGAACACCUGCUCAUGGUUACCAAAUCACUUACAAUCCAAGAAUUUGCCAGGGAUUUGCCUCUUUGUAUCGACUAUUGACCAGGCCCUAUUUCACGAGAUCAUGGAUCGUCCAGGAAGUGGCCAUGUCUUCGAAUCCGACUGUUGUUUAUGGGAGGCAAAGGAUAUCCUGGUUCCAACUUCAGCAAGCAGCUUCAGUCAUUCAAGUGCAUUGGGAUGGGUAUGCUAGGCAAGACGAUUUCGACAAGGAGCUACCUCGGUCUCAUGAGGAGGUUGCAUUACGGCUUAGUCACGUUCAUCGUCUUCAUUAUCAUCGCUCUCUACAAGAGAACGGAAAACGGUCGAGUCUCCUACAUCUGGCUCUAUCUGCACGCUCCACGGCUUGUUAUGACCCGAGAGAUAAGCUCUAUGCGCUUUGGGAUCUCGCGGAUGACGCCCGUCUGUUGGGACUCAAGCCAGAUUAUACCACGCCAGCAUUCGAGGUAUACAUGGAUUUCGCGCAAGCCUACAUCGAGAAGCACAAUAGUCUUGAUAUUAUAUGUGCCUCGCAAGAAUUUACCAUAGGCCUGGGCACCUGGACUCCAGAAUGGCGCCACCCAGCGACAAUGAAUCCACUAAUACAACACAUUCUUCCACCGACUGUCAGAGACUCUUCCACGGACACCGCACCCCUAGAUCGUGCUUUGUAUUGUGCAUCUAGAUCUACAAGACCUAUUUGUACGUUCCCUGACAAGAAAACUCUUUCUUGUGCAGGCAUGUUUAUAGACAAGAUCGACUAUGUACUCGAGCAGAAAGGCCAAGUUGAUAUCCUUGAUGUUCUACGAUGCCGUGACAUAGCUCGCCAAUGGUGUCGCCGGUACGGGAAACUAAUGCCCGAAGACGAGGUAGAUGAUCAGUUCUGGUGCAUGCUAAUGGGCGAAGAACCAGGCGCCAUUCGAGUGGAGACUCACCCUGAACGAAAUUCCGUGUCCUUCCCCGGUGCAGACGACGAGAACAUGAACUAUCGCGAAAGGAUAUAUUCCAUGUUGCGAGGCCGUCGAGUGAUCUUUACCAAACUUGGGUACAUGGGUCUCGCGCGAGCAGAUGUUGUGCCCGGGAUGGAUGUUUGUAUUCUCCUCGGGUGCAGUGUACCAGUCGUCUUGGGCGCGUGUGACGAUUUCUUUUUCUUCUCGGGGUCAAUCUAUGUGCAAGGCUGGAUGAAAGGUGAAAUGCUUGCUUCAAUGGGGACAGAUGAAGAAAUCCAACGGCGUUUUCACAAGGAAAAGCCCAUCACCAUCCGCUAAAGUCAAAAGGGCAACGAGAUGCCAGGAAGACAGCUCCUUUCUUCAUUCUGAUCAGCGGAUUCAUCUAGAAUCGACGUGAGCCCUGUUAAUAUUGGUGGAAUUAUAGAUGAACACAAAUACGUUGCG